AUGCGAGGCAACACGUUAAGGAUAAAUUUCCAUUGUCAGGCAUGCACUGUUCAGCUGAAUGGCCACACGGGUGACGACGUGACGGAGGGCCGGCCCCAGAGCAGGUACAGCAGCCGCAGCAGUAGUCCAGCCACCUCCCCCACCGAGAAGGAGCCUCCGAAGAAGGCCAAAGCCAAGAAGAGGGGCAAGGACAAGAAGGGGAAGAGAGAUGCGUCCAGCGCGCAGGUGGAGUUCCAGCCGCCGCCGCCCCCUUCCGUCACUUUGGCGGCGGCGGCUUCCAGGAAGAGCAGUAGCUCCAGCAGCUCGCCGCCGCUGUCGCCCAUGGGCCCGCGCCAGACCAGCGUCUCCGAGAUGGUCGAGAAGUUUGAGAAGUCCGCGGGGGGUGACGCCGGCCAGGUCACGACACCGGCGGCCCAGGAGGUCCAGCUGGAGCAGAAGGUCUCGCUGGUGGAGCUCAAGGUGCAGGAGAGCAUGGUGGUGCAGCAGAUGAGGGAGCGCCAGCAGCGGGAGAGGAUGGAGGAGUUCGAGCGCUCCACCAGGGCCGAGAGUCUGUAUGCAACUGUUGAGCCUCGCAACAAGAAGAAACCAGAGGCUGUGGCGGAGCUCCCACCAAACGCCAGGGAGGAACUGGAGAAGCAGGCGGAAGACAUAGUGCGGCAGGUGCGCGAGGCGCUGGAGGCCGAGCAGAACGCGUUUGAAGAACGCCUGCAGAAGCGGAAGGAAGAGGAAAGCUACCGGGAGUCCAGGUGGAAACUGGCAAUGGAGACAGUGGACGAGGAAUGGCGUGCGGCGGCAGAGCGUCUGCGUGCGGAGGAGCAGCGGCUGCGCGGCAGGAGGGAGGCCGACCUGCAGGAGGCGGUGGCGGAGGCGCGCCAGAUGCUGAGGGUGGAACUGGACGAGGAGAGGCUGCAGGCGCUGGCGGGGGCGCGGCUGGCGCUGCGGCAGCACGCGGAGGCGGCGCUCCGGGAGCAGGCGGAGGACGUGCUGCGGGCCGCCGACCAGAUGGUGUCCGCCGCGGUCGCCGCCGCGCUCACCAAGCACAAGGCCAAGCUGGAGCGCCAACAAGAGGAACUUGACUCCAAGCUGAGCAGCGUGAACGCCCUGGACUCCAGACUCCAGCAGAUGGAGAGCAAGAUGGCAGACAGAGAGAAGCAGCUGGCUUCGCAAGCAGAGGCUCUGUCCGAACUGGAACUGCAGCUGGAACAGCGCUCCAGGCAGCUGGAGCAGGCGCUCGUCCGCAAGGAACAACAGCAGGAGUUGGAGUCGAAAGCGGAGCAGGCUAUGAUGCGCCUGGAACGAAUCCUGGAAGAAGAGGAGCGUGCCGCAGAAAGACGAUCCGAACAGGAACAGAUGUGGCGCGUGUCCCUGGAGAAGCUGGAGGCAGAGUCGAAGAAGCGCUUGGAGCGGCUGGAGACGUCGGAGAGACAGCAGCGGGAGCAUUGGCAGAAGUCCCUGGAGAAGAGGGAGGAGGCGACGAGGCAGCUGAGGGAGGCGGUGGAGCAGCAGGAACAGCGCCUGGCGGCCGCGAGGGAACAGCUGGCGGCGCAGCUGGGCUCGCUGCAGCAGCUGCGGCCCGCCGCACAGGAUGGCGACAAACUCGAGGAGAAGGUGAGAUCACUAAUACAGGACCACGAAGCUCUCCUUGAGGAAGACUCUGCAGUCAGGAAGAAGUUCCUCAAGGAGGCGGAGGACCAUCUGCAACGCACUUCUGACGAACUGGAACGCAAACUGACGGAGGCCCGUAAACGGGACCGGGAGCAGAUGACCGCGGACCUGGAGAGGAAGCUGGAGGCCGCACGCCGAGAUCAGGACGGCGCCCAGGAGCAGCUCACGCUGCGCAUCCGGGACUACGAGGCGCUGCUGGCGAGGCGUCGGGACGAGGAGACCAAGAGGAGACAGCAGCUGGACGAGGAGGCCUCGCAGGAGUUGCGGCGCUGGCGCGAGGCCCAGGAGGGGACCGUCCGCCAGCUGGAGGAGGCGCUGGAGCAGAGCCGGAGCAGGCUGGAGGCCCUGGCGGCGGCCGUCGCGGCGCAGGCGGUCUCGGGGUCCAGGAAGCGCAGCAGAGGCAGCGGCAGCAGCAGUGACAGCGACAGCGACAGCGGAUCCGAGCGCCCCAGAGGGAGGUCCGUCCAGAAGCUGAAGGCCGAGGUGUGGGGCAAGGUGCUGGCCGAGCUGGACAGGGUCAAGGAGGACCUGCGGGAGGAGCAGCGGAGGGCCGCCGAGCAGCGGAACGAGACGUCGCGGCUGGUGCUGAAGGAGAUGGAGGCGGCGCUGGUGGCCCGCAUCGAGGGCCGGCUGGGCGAGAUCGAGCAGGCGGCCAGCGCCGAAGGGGGGGAUGGCGACGCGUCGCAGGGGGAGAUCCGCCGGCGCGUGGAGGAACUGGCCGAGGAGCUCAAGGAGAAGACCGCCAACGAGAUCAGCUCCAAAUGGAAACUGGAGAGGGUGGGGAUCAAGGAAGAACUGGCGGAGGAUCUGGAAGUGAAGGUGCGGCGAUACAUGCACGAUAUGGAACGAGACAUCCAGACCAAGACCCUGGAGGAGGUGUACAGUAAGAUCGAAGAUCUGAGAACAGCUGUAGUAGCGUCUGUCGUUGCUGAAACGGUGGAGGAGAAAUGGAGUCAUACCGCAAAGCAGCUGGAGAAAGACAUCGUGUCGGCCGUCAUGGAGAAAGUCAAGAAAGAGAGAAAGGAAGAUAUAAGCGAAAUCGAACAAACUGUUGCCAUGGAGGUAGAGGAGAAACUGCGCAAAACUGUAGACGAUGUUGAGGAUAAAGUGGACCGCAGGGUCAGAGAAACACUGUCUACGUCGAGAAAUGACGAAAGAGAGUACACGAAGAGUUUGGUUGUCAGUCUGAUCGAAGAAAGGGGGAAACUGGUUUCUGGAGAAAUGGAUGAGAAGCUACUGCAGGGAGUGAUGGUCCACGUGAAAGACUCCAUUAAGGUUGACCAGGACAAAGCCAGGCAGGAACUGAUCGAACAGUGGAACGAGACCGUCAGACGCUCCACAGUCGAGCUGAGGGACAAAAUGGAGAAGGAAGUGUCUGAAGAAGUUAGAAAGCGCUGGAAAGAAGACAGCAACAAGAUCAGGAAGGACUUGGAAGAGGAACUCAAGGAGGAAAUAAAAGAAGAAGUGAAAAAAGUGAAGAAAGACAUUCGGGAAGACGUAACGGAGAAAGCACUCUCAGAAGUUAAGGAGAACGAGGUGAAGAUGAAAGCGAUCAUCACUGCCGAAGUCGGAACAAAGUUGGCCAGCUUGCAGUACCAGUUAAAGGAAGAGUUUGGUAGUGAAAUAUCACAGAUGACGAAAUCUUUGGUGGAAGAGGAGCUCCUGAAGACCAAACAGCAAGUCAUACAAGAUGCUCUCGAGUUGGUUGAUAUAUUACCUCAGACAUUAGCUGGCGUGACAAACUCGCAAACAUGCAGUGGUGCCAUUGUGGUUGCAGACUUGGAGGCGGUGGUUCGCGAGGCGGUGAGCGUGGAGUGCGGCCGCGUGCUGGCGACGCUGUCACGGCACGAGCAGGAGGCGCGCGACCGCCUGGAGCUGGUGUGCCAGGAGCUGAUCAAGGGCCAGCUGGACAGGCUGGGCCGCUGCUGCGACCGCGGGCUGCAGGAGAUCAGGGAGGCGAUCGAGAAGGCAACGGAUCAGAUUAACUCAGGAAUUCGAGAUUCUGCGGACAGUGCAGUCAACAAGGCCCAGGAGCGGCUCUCGACGCUGGAGCUGGAAGCGACGUCUCGCGUCCAGAGCGAAUGCGAGCGGCUGCUGCGUGACUUCCAGGAGGAGUGCGACCAGAGGCUCCAGCUGGACCAGCAGCUGGAGGAGGACCGCAAGCGCGAGAUGGAGGAGCGGAAGCAGCGCCUGAAGAACCUGAUCGAGAACAUCUUCGCGGACGAGGAGAGCGUGUCCACGGAGAACAUGGCGGAGGCGCUGCUGGAGGAGGAGGAGGCGGAGCUGGAGCGCCGGCUGUCGCUGCGGGGCUCCCAGCGGGGGCGGCGCCGCCCCCACUCCCAGCUGGAGUCCUCCCUGGAGGGCACCGAGCGCGCCGAGUCCUGGGCGCUCGUCCAGGACAGCCAAGCCGCUGCGGUCCACGAAGACGCCCCGGCAGCCCAGCCAGCCACCCCGCAGAGGCCACAGCAGGUGAGCCCAAGCACACGAUGGCCAGAGAGGCUGCUGCUGGCCUACAGAAGGCCCUUGCAGAUGUCGAUGGCCCAGAUACUGAUGAUGCUGAUGGUUGUCUGUGUGCGGGCGAUGGUGACGCAGACACUGAUGGCGCAGGUGGCGAUGCUGCCGCAAGAGAGAGUGCGGAGCCAAUCUCUGGCAAUGCAGUCAGUGCGGGCGCCAGCGGUCGUGAAGACCCGGGCGCGGACUGUUUCGCAGCCACUGGCGCAGAUGCAGGUGAAGCCGGCAGUGCGAAAGCCACCAGUGCGGGCGGCGAAGUCAGCACUGCCAAUCGCCAAGGCCCGGCUGUGUGUGCAGACGAUGCCAUCCAAGGGGAUGCCUCCUCCACUUCCGCCGAAGCCGCCUGUGGCCAAAGAAGACAGAGAGAAGGCCAAAGAGGCGGACCAGAAGAAAGAGAAGAAGAAGGAGAGGAAAGAGAAAAAAGACAAGCAGUCGUCGUCGUCCUCGUCCUCGUCGUCGAGCGCCUCGGAGGGCGAGGAGUCUGGGAAGGCCCUGGAGAGGGCGGGCGUGGGCCGCGGCACGUGGCAGCUGGUGGGCGGCGCCGGACACGCCGCCCUCAGCCUGAGGGCCGCCGGGAGGGCCGCACCCGGGGAGCCGGACGCCGGGGAGCCGGCCUCGCCGCCCCCGCCGCUGCCGGCCACGGCACCUCCAGCACCACCGGGGAUCACGCGUCCAAUCAGCUACGUGCCCGGUCGGACAGACGGCGACAACAAGGAAGACGACGGCGCCAUUUUCGUCUGA